GGAGUUUAUGUGUAAAUAAUAGUGUUAGAUAGGCGGACGCUAUCGCAUCAUGUCGAUCGGAAGUCGUAGCAGACUUCGUGAUUACGGCAAACGUUGCGUCGCUAUCCAAACAAAUCCAUUAAUCCAUAGUUAAAAAGAUGGAGAUUUACACCCCUAUCGGUAGCCAUGUCUGAUGAUUCUUCCCAGCAUCCUUCACUCUGCACAUCAGAGUGAAGGAUGCUGGGACGUUGAUUAAAUCUUCGUCUAUCGUUACGAUGGCCGCUGUCCAGCUGGGAGACGUUGCAGUCACGUUUUUAUGCCGCGAUCCCAGACUAGACGUAAACUCGUUAAGCUAACGAGGCGGCUCCAGAUGUUACAGCGGAGUCCACCUCUGGCUCGCGGCGCCCCCUCUGGCACGGAGGCGUCCCUGCAGCCUCACCAUGAAGGUUCUGGUUCACCAGGAAUCGGUUUUAUUGGCCUGACGAGCUGAUUGGUGUUUUCCUGACAGCGGCCUGACGUGUUUCUGCUGAUCAACGAUGUGAAUGUCUCUUACUAAUUCACUAUUCUUCCCUCUGCAUCUCUCUCUCUCUCUCUCUCUGGGUGUUGUUGGUCUGCUUGCUUUGCGUUUGAGAAGGAAGGCGGGCAUCCUGCCCAGCCUGGAGGACCUGCUCUUCUACACCAUCGCCGAGGGACAGGAGAAGAUACCCGCCCACAAGUUCACCACGGCGCUUAAAUCCACGGGGCUUCGCACCGGAGACCCUCGGCUCAAAGAAUGCAUGGAGAUGCUGAAGGUCACCCUGAAGACCACCUCGGAUGGAGCGCUGGACCGACACCUCUUCAAGAAAUGUGUCCAGAGCAACAUCGUCCUGCUCACCCAGGCCUUCAGGAAGAAGUUCGUCAUCCCAGACUUCCAGUCGUUCUGCGGCCACAUCGAUGAUCUCUAUGAAAACGCCAAGAACCUGUCAGGAGGGCAGGUGGCGGACUACAUUCCCCAGCUGGCUCGCUUCAGUCCCGACCUUUGGAGCGUUGCUCUGUGCACCGUCGACGGACAACGGCACACGGUGGGAGACACCAAGGUUCCCUUCUGUCUGCAGUCGUGUGUGAAGCCGCUGAAAUACGCCAUCGCCGUCCACGACCACGGCACCGAGUACGUGCACCGCUUCAUCGGCAAGGAGCCCAGCGGCCUGAGGUUCAACAAGCUCUUCCUCAACGAGGACGAUAAACCCCACAACCCCAUGGUUAACGCUGGAGCCAUCGUCUGCACCUCCCUGAUCAAGCAAGGAGCCAGCAACGCCGAGAAGUUCGACUAUGUGAUGAACUUCAUGAACAAGCUGGCAGGAAACGAGUACGUGGGCUUCAGCAACGCCACUUUCCAGUCUGAGCGCGAGUCCGGAGACAGGAACUUUGCCAUCGGCUACUAUCUGAAGGAGAAGAAGUGUUUCCCUGAAGGGACCGACAUGACCUCUAUCCUGGACUUCUACUUCCAGCUCUGCUCCAUCGAGGUGACCUGUGAGAGCGCCAGCGUCAUGGCGGCAACACUGGCAAACGGCGGCUUCUGUCCAAUCACGGGCGAGCGCGUGCUGAGCCCCGAGGCGGUCCGGAACACGCUGAGCCUGAUGCAUUCCUGCGGGAUGUACGACUUCUCUGGGCAGUUCGCUUUCCAUGUCGGGCUCCCGGCUAAAUCCGGGGUGGCCGGUGGGAUUCUGCUGGUUGUUCCCAACGUGAUGGGCAUCAUGUGCUGGUCCCCCCCGCUCGACAAGCUGGGGAACAGCGUGAGGGGAAUCCAAUUCUGCACGGACCUGGUUUCACUCUUCAACUUUCACAACUACGACAACCUGAGGCACUUUGCCAAGAAGCAUGACCCUCGCAGGGAAGGUGGCGACCAGAGGGUGAAGUCUGUCAUCAACCUGCUGUUUGCAGCGUACACCGGAGACGUCUCCGCCCUGCGCAGGUUCGCUUUGUCCUCCAUGGACAUGGAGCAGAGGGACUACGACUCCAGAACGGCGUUACACGUUGCGGCUGCUGAAGGUCACGCCGAGGUGGUUCGCUUCCUGCUGGAGGCCUGUAAGGUCAACCCCGUCCCCAAAGACAGGUGGGGAAACACGCCGAUGGACGAGGCCGUGCACUUCGGCCACCACGACGUGGUGACCAUCCUCAAAGAUUACCACAACCAGUACAGCCCGCAGGACACCGCUGUGGAGAAGCAGAGCGCCGAGAAGAACCUGGACGGCAUGCUGUGAUCGAAACGUGAUCCUCGGCACUCAACAACCCCAGCAGCAUCUCACAGCUUCCUCCACCAUCAGAGCUCCCUGUCGUCUGUAGUGUCUGUUCUCGUCUGGGUCGAAUCACGAAUGAGAGAGUUUGAAGCAGGGCUUUUAUUCUGAAAACCGGAAGCAGCAGGAUGUCAGUCCGUUGUUUUAAACGUUCCUGAGUGUCGGGGUGUGACUCCCGGUGGAUGUUUGUGUUCCUCCUGGUGGAUCCGGAACCCAUUCAUGUUCUGGGUGUAAAUAUGUUCAGCUGUAGCUCUGUUGUUAGUCUCCAGUGGUUUUACAGAAACUUUCUAAACGUCGUCGUUGUUCAUCUUUAAGCUCCAAGCUGUCUGUUGGUUUUUUUUACUCCUUCCUGUCGGGUUUAUUCAGCUCCUCUCUACGAAUCAUGGAGGCGAAAGAAGCGGGUUGUACAUAUCGAAGGUGACACCACCAGACUGCAUGGAGCCCAUUCCCUCAGGACCAGAACCAGAACCAGCUGGGUUUUAUCCAGCCUAUCUGAUCCAGGUAAAAACAGCAAACUAGGCAGCAUUAAGUCAGACUGGGCCUUUAAACAUGGCACGGUUCUUUGCUUAGAGUCACAGAUCAGAACAAUCAGGAUCUUUCUGAUGAUGUUUGACACUUGUAGGUGAGUUGGAAAAUUUUUUGCGCAUUUUACUAGUAAAGUGAGUCUUUUUUUCCUGGUUCUCACUUUUUUGGCCCAGGGCUUAAGGAUUAGGCCAUAAUGAAUGGAAGUCAGGGUAUGGUCCUGAGUAAGUUUUUAAAACAAGGAUGUGUGUGUGUGUGUGUGUGUGUGUGUGUGUGUGUGUGGACGGCCUUGUCUAGCUAUAGUGGUGGGGACCCACUCUUCACAACCAACUUUAUGGGGACCCUGAGGUUCCCAUAAAGUUGAAUUGAUUUAAGGCUUGGGUCAGGUUGAGGCCUUAGAAAGAAAUGGAAAAUUAAUGGAAUUCAAUGCAAACGAUAGUAAGUCUGUCUGUGUGUGUGUGUGUGUGAAGGGGACUUGUUCGUCUCAGGACCCCGAGAUUGUUUUUACCUUCGGUCGUAUCUGAAGAGCCCUGCAGACGCUCUCCUGUGUUCCUUCUUAACUCGGUUCCCAAACAACCUGUGCAGCGUUCCAGUCCUCGGGUCAGAACCAGCCUCUCCAUGGGUUGGUGGUUAAAAAGCACAGCGCUGCAGCAGGAGGCGAUGGACGAUGAGAGCGGACUCUGAGCUGCAGCGCCUUGAGUUGUGUGACGUUCUGUUUGUGUUGCUGCAGCUGUCUGAAUGUACCGUGUUUGUUCUGCUUCUUCUUCUUUAUGUGUAUUUAUGGCACCACACCUCAGUGAGAUAUAUUUAUGUACACCCGAAAAAAAAUCUAAUAAAAUAAUGGAAAACAAA